AUGAACCUAGAACCACCGAAUUACCGUUCCGUCGUGGCCGAAAGUGUGUUUAACCAACGCCGAACGAAGGAGUUGCAACCUCGCAACUUCGAUGUUGUGGCACUGCAGGAGGUGUGCUUGGAGGAGGAGCAGGUGCUCGACUGGCCAGGUCGGCAGACCAAUUCCCGUUUUUAUCUGAGCGGCGGCAAGGACAAGAAGCUGGGUACCGGCUUUAUCGUGCGGGGCAAGAUGCAGGAUCGCGUGUUCGGCUUCACGGCGUUCAGCGAGCGGAUGUGUAAGUUGAGGAUAAGAGGCCGUUUCUUCAACUACAGCAUCAUCAACGUGCACUGCCCCCACGAAGAAAAGACCGAUGAUGAGAAGGAAGCAUUCUACGCGACGCUGGAGGAGGUGUACGACGGCUGUCCGCGGCAGGAUGUAAAAAUCAUCAUUGGGGACAUGAACGCUCGGUUCGGAAGGGAGGAAAUGUUUCGACCGACAAUAGGCCCAGAAAGUCUACAUGCGGUCACGAACGACAACGGCCAACGCUGCAUCGACUUCGCAGCCUCCCGUGGAAUGGUGGUCAGGAGCACCUACUUUCCUCGCAAGGACAUCCACAAAGCCACCUGGACAUCACCUGACCAACGGACGAAAACGCAAAUCGACCACCCGGCGGGCCCUCCGUUCAACACCGCGUGUCUGCAGGACGGAGAUGUGGCCCACAGUUACGCGCAGCAGCUGGAAGCGAAUCUGCCAGGUGAGGAGGAACUUGGCGCAGCCUCGCUCGAGGGUGGUUGGAGCCGCAUACGCUCAGCCAUCGGCAGUGCAGCGGAAGCCACACUGGGUAGUGCGAUCCGAGUCAGUCGAAACGAUUGGUACGACGACGAGUGCCAACAGAUUACCGCCGAGAAGAAAGCAGCUUACGACAAGAAGCUGCACAAGGCGACGAGAGGGAACGUGGAACGAUACCGGCAGGCUCGGAAUCGGCAAGUCGCGGUUUUCAAGCUCAAGAAGCGCCAGCAGAAAGACCGGGAUUGCGUGAACCGGUCCCGCAAAGGCUUCGUGCCGCGAGCCGACGUGUGCAGGGACAACGAGGGGAACCUGAUCGUAAGCAAGAGCGAGGUGUUGGACAGGUGGAAGCAGUACUUCAACGAGCACCUCAACGGCGAUGAAGCGGACGGAGACGGCGUUGGAGUCAACCUUGGAGCGCCCGCAGCAGAUGAACAGUUCCCAGCGCCUGAUCUGGAGACGAACGUGACAACCGGCUCGUCGCUACCCAACUGCGCCUGCUGGGGAUCAAAUUACCGGCCGCGAAUUUUCUCUGUGGCCAUGGCUCAGCUACAGAACGAGGACGUCGGCGAUAAAACCGCCUCCGAGGACGACGACGACCAUUUGCCUCCACAUUGA